GAAUUGAACUGCACUUAUAUUCACUUAAAUGAACAAAUGAGCCACAGCAGAAAGACUUUGCCUUACUGUUGGUCCACAAUUCCAAAAGAAUAUUUUCACUCUCUAAAAACAUGAUUGUCAAAAUUAUCCAAAUUCACAGUAAAGGGUAAGGGUGGAAGUUCUUGCCCUCUUUCACAUGAACAUUUGACACAACCUUUCAGGCACAGGUGGUUUCCAUGGCAGUGCACAGGUGGUUUCCAUGGCAGUGCACAGGUGGUUUCCAUGGCAGUGCAUGUGCAUGGGGUGGAGUGUACCUUGUAUGAAUCCAUCAGAAACUUGAGCUGAAUCUGACUUGAGGGUUGAAAUCGCCAAGAUUAAGUAAUAUAAUCAUUUUCAACUUCAUCCUGGAAAAGAGGCUAUUAUUAAUUCAUGUUUGUUCAAAGUCAUAUUUGUUAAUUAAGAAAAUACUCUAAUGAAAAUGUGAGUUGGUUUAAAAAAAAAAAAAAAAAAAAACUUAUUUAACACUGAAAUUGAGGAAGUUACUGCACAGUGUUUCCUCAUACAAAUUUGUGCAGUAAGUUUGACAUUUGACAGGCACUCCCAUUCUGGGGUAUUUAAGAGGCCCCCUCCCAGACACAUCUACAUUCCAACUGACUAGUCAACAAUUAACUACCAAAGAUCCACCAGUGCACACCUGCAGCUUUACUGACAGGAUGAAGGUCAAAACGAUUAUGUUACUUUUUCAAAUCUUGGGAAUUUCAACCCUCAAGUCAGACUCAGCUCAUGUUCCUGCCGGAUACGUAGAAGAGAAUGUGGCUUUAAGUGGGAGGGCCACUCAGUCAGAUGUGUACAAUUCUCAAAACGAGGUGGGUUACAGCCAUGCAAGCAAUGCCAUUGAUGGAAACAAAGAUUCUCAUUUCCUCCAUGGAUCUUGUACCAUUACAACGGGAGGGGCUAACCCCUGGUGGAGGGUGGACCUGCUGCAGGUGUACACAAUCACCUCCGUCACCAUCAUCAACAGAGGAGACUGCUGUGGAGAAAGGAUCAAUGGAGCUCUCAUCCUCAUCGGCAACUCCCUGGAACAAAACGGCAUCAAUAAUCCACAGUGCAAUAUGAUUGGCUUCUUGGCAACAGGAGAGACUAGAACCUUUCAGUGUCCGCAGCCAAUGAUUGGACGCUAUGUCACAGUGUACCUUCCAAAAACAGAAUACCUUCAAAUCUGUGAAGUGGAAGUGAAUGCUCUGCUUCCUGCCAAUUGUAAAUAUUCCUAAGAAGCAGUUUGCAAAUCCCUUUACAUUUAAAGCUGGUCAUUAAUUCAUAGUCAUAUGCAAUAAAUCAGAAAUGGGGUAAUGAAAUAAAGGUACUUUUUGGGACUUUGGGAAUCAUGCUGUCAAGAGUACAUUUAGAUUUUUUCAUGUAUAGAAAACCUGCUGAAUUUCUACUCAUCUACUUUCAGAAAGUUCAUUUAUUGACUGAUUUUCUUUGUAGUGCAUCAAAUAAACAUCU